AUGUUGGAGCCUUGCACACACACUCCCCUCCAAGCUGUUCUGGCUGAGAUUAACCCUUGGAUCCUGUUUCGGUUUCUGGGGCUUUUUGCCUGUUCUUUGUCUGGUGACGUGACUAGGAAACAUCUCGGCGAGUGGAACGAGGCGAAGUCAGCCUGGUCACGUGCUCCAGUGGAAGCAAGGUUCUCACUAAGGUUCGGCCCUUUGGAAAUUCAGAUCGAGUUCGGGGCUAAUAUCUGCGAGGAAAUAAGCAAUCAGGAGAUAGUAGGAGGAAUUGAGAGGGCUGCCCUGUGGAGCGUCGCGAUUCUAUACUACAUUUCGGAGAGACUGGAGAUCAGACUCUCAACAUUGUAUCCCGGCUCUGGGGAGGGAGGGAGUUAG